AUGAAUUGGAAGCUGCUAAGACACAAAAUCAAGAAACAAACAUUCUCUCGUGAACACGUUAAACUUCAAAGGCAUCUCGGAGACAGACUCCUAGACAUUCCUUGUAAAGUGUGUGGAGACCGGAGUUCCGGAAAACAUUACGGAAUAUACAGUUGUGACGGAUGUUCGGGUUUUUUCAAGCGAAGCAUUCACAGAAAUCGCGUUUACACCUGCAAGGCAACUGGAGAUAUGAAAGGACGAUGUCCUGUCGAUAAAACUCAUCGCAACCAGUGCAGAGCUUGUCGCCUUUCCAAGUGUUUCCAAGCCAGCAUGAACAAAGACGCUGUCCAACACGAGCGAGGCCCCCGCAAACCCAAAUUGCAAGUAUCGUCAAACCAACAAAUGCAACCGUCGCCCGUAGGACACAGUUUGCAACAACACAUGACAGUGGGCGACAAGUUGCCCACAAGCUCGUCAUCCUUGCAUUUCACUCCGGGCAUUUUCGGAGCACCUCGUCCACUCAAAGCUCUAACCUUACCACCACCGCCAGUCCCCAGUCCAACACAUAUCGACGCUUUACCGCCCUCAAUGUUUCACCCUCCAACGUUACCGCCACCACCUGGACUCUUACACAUCCUCAUGUCGGCUGAAAAGUGCCAGGAACUUGUUUGGGGUACGAAACUGUCCCAGAUGGAAUCACCCUCUUCAAGCGAAACCAACUCCGGAAUCAACAUCAGUCCGGGAAUUCCGGUUGCCCAGCCGCCUCCGAUUCCGCCGCUGCCGCUCACUCCGACUUGGGAGAUGUUGCAGCUGCUGUCGCAGUUGGUUGAAUUUCGACCAUCCCACACUGACGGAUCCGCCUACUUUCAGUUUUACAUAUUUCAGGAAACUACUGCUCGGCUUUUGUUUAUGGCAGUUCGAUGGGUGCGAUGUCUGGCUCCCUUUCAGACGUUGAGUAAACACGACCAGCUUUUGCUGCUGCAGGAAUCGUGGAAAGAACUUUUUUUGCUGCAUUUAGCCCAAUGGUCAGUCCCAUGGGACCUUUCGGCUUUGUUGGGCUGUCCACAAGCUAGGGAGCGCUUGCCGGCUGAUAUUCACACAGCUACAGAAAUUAAAACCAUACAGGAAAUUAUGUGCCGUUUUCGUCAAAUCUCACCUGAUGGUAGCGAAUGUGGGUGCAUGAAAGCUAUAAUUUUAUUCACGCCUGAGACAGCAGGUUUGUGUGAUGUUCAACCGGUUGAAAUGUUGCAAGAUCAAGCUCAGUGCAUUUUGGGAGAUUAUGUUCGCACUAGAUAUCCCAGACAACCGACGAGAUUUGGACGACUGCUCCUUCUUGUACCCAGUUUGAGAGCUAUUCGAUCACUUACAGUCGAAUUGUUGUUUUUCAAGGAAACUAUAGGCGAGAUUCCUAUAACACAGUUGUUAGGAGAUAUGUAUUAUAUGGAAAAGUGUACUAGUGGCCCACCUUAAAUGUUGUUUUCAUGUGCUAAAAUAUAUCACU